AGCCAGCCAGGCCCCCCCUCCCUCUCCACUAAAAGACCCGACACCCUCCACCUCCGCCGGCCUCCCUUAAAAGGCUAAUCGGUGUACUGUAUCUUUAAAAGGUUCAAACCUCUUUCCAAAAGGCCUAGAGAUAGCCGGGGGGUGGGGGAAGGAGAGGAAAAAAUGAAAAAGCCACCGCCGCGGAGAUAGACGGAGAAGCUCGGCUGUUUUGCCUCUUAGAAGCAGAGGAGGCAAAGGAAAGCAAGCAGCAAUUCCGAUUGUGAUGCGGCUUCUCCGGGCGGAAUUUAUUCCUCGCUGUCCAGAGGCGGCAGGAAGAAGCUUCCGCGUGGGCUUCUUCUCCUUCUUCUCCAGCGUGGAUUAUUUUUAUUCCGAAGAAUAACAGAGGAGGAUUGGUUCCGGCUGGAGCAUGCUCACAAACUGCACAAUCUCCCAUGAUUAAGCUUGCCUAGGGUGUUUGGUUCCCCCCCCCUUCUUCUUCUUUUUCUCCUCUCCCCCCCUCCCCUCUUCUCUCUUUCCCACAUUGAUUUUGUUUUGAAGCUGAGCUACAAACCAUCAGGGCAGGGUUGGGGGGGGGCGACGACCUGCCUUCCCCCUUCCUCCCUCGGAGAAGGAAAACAUCGCGCGCCUUCUUCUCCCAGCAAUAUGACAUAAUAAUCCCCAUCCCCGAUCUUCCCUCCCUCCCUCCCUCCCUACCCCCACACCACCACCUCUUUUUGAAACAGGUGUUAUUAAAAAGACUAGGAAAUAAGCUACCCGGCAGCUCAGCGGAACGCUUCCUCCAGGAGGGGAGAGCGAGGCUGCAGAGCCUCUCAGGAAAUUGCCAGCAUCGUGAGAAUCGCGAAAGUGGAGGGGAUCGGGCUCUGCUUGCAGCCAGGCAGCCAAGGCUCUUGUUCAAAAAACAUCUUCCUCUUGCUGAUCACCUUAAAGACUGUUGCUGAAAUAUACAGUGGGGACUUGUGGUUGCAUCUUCACAGGCUGAAUUAAGCCCUUCAGAAAUAAUAAAAUAAAGGAAAGCGCAAACACCAUUAGAGCUGCAGAAAUCAAAUUCGUUAAAUGAUGAGCCUGGAGACGUCACAAUGGCGCCGCUAUCUACAAUGCGUCACGGUUUGAAGGAUUGUGAUCGGUCUGUUUCCCAAGGUCUCUGAACGGCAAAGUGGAAGAAGAGGAAAGCAGAGAAGGAAUCAGGGCACACAUGCAGAGAGGAACAGAGGACUGCCAAGUGCUGUUUUUCCAAGCCAAGGAGAAAGAUGGCUGCGAGAUGAGCAUGGGAGCCUCACGUUUACCAAGGCUUGCAUGAGAAAAAGGACCCGAGGCAAUGUUCUGGGUUGCUUCUCCUCUUUGAAGGCUUGCCACCAUCAACGGUGAUAAAAAUGGCCCGCUUUAAAGCCUCUGCAAAAUCCACAAGGAAAAUAUUUGGACUACAGGUUUUGGACAGUUUUCCUGCUUUGAAGUAGUUUGUCAUGCUUUACCAGUGUGAACUCUCUUGACCCUCAACCAACCUUUUUUUCCCUUUUCAUUGUUCCCUCCCCACCCUCUGUUCCUCCCCCCCCCCCGAAUCAAACAGCAGUGAGUGACGCUUUGAAAUCUCGAGUCAACAACCGUUUUCUCUGGCCGCCACCUUUGGCAGCCCCACAGCAAAUGCCGGCGAGCUAACACAGAGGAGUCCUUCCUUCAUUAUCCAUGAAGCCUGCCGACACCUUCCCGAAAUAGAUUCCUUGGACCAUCUCCCCCCUCCUCGCCUUUCCCUUUCCAAGGUCAUGGAUCCUGAACAAAGCCAGAGGAGCACAAAGAAGGGCGAGGAAGGGUCGAGGAGGAGGCUUGUCAAAGGACAGGCUUUCCAAAGCAGUGUUUCGUCCGCCGCUACCUAUCCGGGGAGCUCGGCUCCUUUGCAAGGCUCUCCCCUCCGGGACGUUGCAGCGCAGCAGCCUUUUUCAAGGGAGGAGGCCCAGGAGAAGACAGGGCCAGCCCAGCUCAAACGCCCCUCUUUUGAGCGCGCUCCCCACAUCUCCCAGCUUCAGCAGCACCCCCUGUCGCCAGCGUUCAUGCCUCCCCGGAAGCAGGAACAUGUCCUUGAAGGUCCCACGACAUGGCAGCUAGUCGACCCAGCCAGAGCAGGUCCCUCCAGUUCGUUCCCAUCCUCUGGGCUUCACCCUGGCCAGCACUUGCCGUCCCGUCCUCCGGUCGUCCCCGAAGAGGACAUGCCCUCCGUUCCAAAGGUCUACACUCCCCGCGCUUCGCAAGCUUCCUUGAAAUCCUCGGAAGAAGGCCACAAGAAAGAGAAGAAACCCCAGAAACCUGGCAAAUACAUUUGCCAGUACUGUAGCCGGCCUUGCGCCAAGCCCAGCGUCCUCCAGAAACACAUCCGUUCGCACACAGGGGAGCGGCCCUAUCCCUGCGUCCCCUGUGGCUUUUCCUUCAAAACCAAGAGCAAUCUGUAUAAACAUCGGAAGUCUCACGCUCACCGGAUCAAAGCCGGUCUUGCCUCGGGGACUGGGACCGAGCUGUACCCUUCCGGUUUGGAAAUGGAGAAGAUGGCCGGAGAGGAAUUUGAAGAGCCCACCGAGGGUGAAAGCACCGACUCGGAGGAGGAGACCAGGAGCGCGCCGAGCCAUUUGGCAGAACUGUCGCCCCAGAGAAAGCAAACCAUGUUGUACGGGUCGGGAAGCCAGAGCUCUAGCCUAGAGAGCUGCUCGUUUUCUCACUCUAGCCUGUCUCAGUCUCUCGAGGAAAGCAGCCCGUUUGUGGAGCCGGCUUCGGAGCAUGCCCAAAGUCAUAAAUCGGAGGAAACGCAUACUAUCAAGCAGAAGCUCGCUCUGCGAUUGAGUGAAAGAAAGAAGGUGAUUGAGGAACAAGCUUUCCUUAGCCCUGGCAGCAAAGGAAGCACAGAAUCUGGCUAUUUCUCCAGGUCAGAGAGUGCCGAGCAGCAAAUCAGCCCACCAAACACCAACGCCAAGUCUUAUGCAGAGAUCAUUUUUGGCAAAUGUGGGAGAAUUGGCCAACGGACUUCCAUGUUAGCGGCAGCCACUGCCCAAGAAUUUCCCCAGGUAUCGUCCGAGGAGAAACUCAGCACAGUCCCUUUGUCUGUGCCCAGAACGCAGGUUAUUGAACAUAUCACCAAACUGAUCACUAUUAACGAAGCCGUUGUUGACACCAGCGAGAUAGAUAGCGUCAAGCCCAGGAGAAGUUCAUUGUCCAGACGCAGCAGCAUUGAAUCGCCAAAGUCCGGCCCGUACAGAGAGCCCUUUGCGUUAGAAAUCAAACCCGGCUCUGGUAGCCAACUCGAUUCAUCCAAGUCACUGAUGCCCCACAUGGAAAUGAAGCCCGAACAAUCAUUGCUAUCACUCCAGCAUUCCCACAGUGCCACAGAGACAGUGCCUCUCCUACGAAGCCACUCUAUGCCUUCAGCUGCGUGCACCAUCAGCUCCUCCCAUACCUUUAGAGGUAGCUAUUCUUUUGAUGACCACAUCACCGAAUCGGAGGUCCAAAGCCGCAGUCAGGUGUCUUCCCACCCACGCAUGCUAAAACGGCAGCCCGCCAUCGAACUUCCGUUGGGGGUGGAGUAUGGUUCGGAGGACGUGGGCGCGGCGAGCAAAGAAAGCACUUCCAAACCUCCCGAGGAACAAGAAAGCAAGGAGAGCGAGCUCACCAAAAAGUCAAGGAAGGGCGCGAAAACAAAAGGGUUCAUGUACGAGUGCAACGUUUGCGGUGCUCGCUACAAGAAACGGGAUAAUUACGAAGCCCACAAAAAGUAUUACUGUUCAGAACUGCAGGUCUCCAAGCCCCGCUCUUCCAGUUCUCAUUUUUCAUUGGAAGCCGAGAAGGGUUCCGUAGAAUCUGAUCCUUGGCCGCAGAUGAUGCAUUAUAAGCUGGGGACGAGUUUAGAACUAACUCCGCUGAGGAAAAGGCGUAAGGAAAAAAGCCUCGGUGAUGAUGAGGACCCCCCGGCUUUUGAGUUGACCAGUCCAUCUUCCUGUAGCUCUGGGGCAGCCGCUCAGUUUACUAGCUUGAAACCCACUGAUGUGGCCUUGAACCUGACUUCCGAGUCCAUGACGUCACCAGCAGACCUCAGCAAAUCGAUGCCGCUCUCUGACGCCGGUGUCACUUUCCACUCUAGGACUACAAAACCAUCUUUUGGUAUGGAAGUCAAGGAGAGGCGGACGACCUCAAAGGAGAUCUCUGUCAUCCAGCACACAAGCUCCUUUGAGAAGUCGGAUUCUAUCGAACAACUGAGCAGCUUGGAAGGAGAGGAAAAGUUGCCGUUGCCAUACACUUCUCAAUCAGCUGCACAGCAGAGCCGGCCGACUCAUUCCCUGCAGCCAAAGCUUGUGCGUCAACCCAACAUCCAAGUCCCUGAGAUCCUGGUCACAGAAGAGCCGGACAGGCCAGAGAUGGAGCCCGAACCUCCCCCUAAAGAGCCGGAGAAGACGGAGGAGUUUCAGUGGCCACAGAGAAGCCAGUCUCUCUCCCAGCUUCCUGCAGAGAAGCUGCCACCCAAAAAGAAGAGGCUGAGGCUUGCGGAAAUGGCUCAGUCUUCUGGAGAAUCCAGCUUUGAGUCAGUCAGGAGCCCCAGUCAGGAGAGCAGCAUCUCCCAUGCCUCCAGCCGCUCAACGUCAUUUGAACGUGAAGAAGCUGCUUCCCAGUCCUCUGAAUCCCACAUAAAACCUAUUGGGCUCGGCCCACACAUGCUAACAGUGCCAGGCCACCACCACCCUCACCACCCUACCCGAGAAAUGCGGAGGUCCGUCUCCGAGCAGACGCCCAACGUCUCUCCCUCCUCUCCAAUGUCGGAGACCCGCAGCAAAUCGUUUGACUAUGGGAGCUUAUGCUCCUCCUCUCCCACUUCCCUGCCCCGCCCACCAACAACAUCAGCAGCACAGGAGAGGAGGAAAUGUUUCCUGGUGAGGCAGGCGUCUCUUGCUGGGCACCCAGAGCACGAGCCGGACUCUGGCUCCAAAGGAGGGACAGAAACGGAAGAGCUGCUGCAAUCCACAAGCAAAUCUUCAGCUGCAAGUUUGCCCCAGCAGCAACCACCGUCCUCUUCCUCCUCCUCUUCUCAAAGAGGCUACCCAGCUGACAAGGGUGAGCCAAAAGACUGCCCUGAGCGCACAUAUACCCAUCCCUACACUGAAGCUCUGCAGGUGUUUCACCACCCAUCGGCCCAAUUGACGCUCCACGAGAAACAGUACAUGGCCCCGCAGAUUUCUCUCUUGCCAUUCCAGCAUCUUUUGCCACCAUCGGGACAGACGGUGGAGCUCUUUUCCAGCCAGACAAUGACCGACCUCUUUGCCGCUCAGUAUUCCAUCCCGCAAAUACCGCACUCCAUCUUUGAGAAUGCAGCCAUCCCGCUGCAAGACGCUUUGCUCCACCCAGGCCAGCUUCACAUUGCCCCUCCACUGCUGUCCCACCCAGGGGACGUGGCCCUCAGGCAGAGCCCGUCCCUUGUCCCUGUGCACUACCCAGGCUCCCCACCGCUCCAUUCUGCCUUUUUUCUGCCCCUCCAGUCCCAGCUUGCUCUCCAGUUGCCAAGUGACAUUGGUGCCCAUUUGCCCCAGCUCAAAUCGAGGCUCUCUCCACCCACCGGAAGUCCCAUCUUCUCCCCAUUUGCAGACUACAGCUCCGAGAGCAGACUGCAUAUUUUGGCCCGGCCUAGCAGCCCCUCUGCAUCUGUCUCCAUCUCUCAGUUGGUGGUGCCUGCACGAUCUGAGCCUGUCGUGUCGCUAGUGGUCCCAGUUCGCAUUCAGACGAAUAUGCCCUCCUACGGAAGCGCAAUGUAUACAACCCUUUCUCAGAUCCUGGUCACUCAGUCACACUGCAGCGCCUCUUCUAUCAUCCUGCCGAGAUUUGACGAGUAUGAGGCCAAGGGUACCUUGGUUUGCACCGCUAACGUUCACGGAAUCGGCCUCGAUCUGGCACAGAUGAUCACCGAAGAGCAGAAGAGCAUCUUCCAGACACCCUACCUAAGGCUGCCGCUGUCACUCUCGGAAAAGAAAGGCUACAUUCCUCUUGGCUCGCCAUCCGAAAGCCUGUUGGAUCUUGAAGGGAGUCCGUCGACUGUCGGAGGAAGCAAGCGGAUGCUGUCUCCGGCCGGAAGCUUGGAACUCACGAUGGAAACCCAGCAGCAAAAAAGGGUGAAGGAGGAAGAGUUCUCUGAGAUGGAGAAGUCAGAAGCAGUGGUGGCCCCCAGUGCAACAGAGGAAGGGAAGGAGCAGAAUCAAAGGAGAGUCAAGUCAGAAGUGCUCCCGGACGUGUCGCCUGAGCAGUCUGAGUUGGAAGAAGUCCAGGGAACUUUAUGGCCAGCCUCUCCACAGCCUGAGGUCUCGAGCUCUGAGGGGCACGAGGAAUCUAAGCAUCCAGCUGGCAAGCAGUUGCAAAGCAAGGAAUCUCCGCAGAUGGUGAAGAAAGAAGAUUCGAAAGAGCCUGUGGAGCCACCUGCAACAACCUCCCCAAGUCCAGUUCUUCGUUCUGAGGCUGCCCAAAGUUCAAAGAAGUCCCAAGAGGGGCCAGAUGUCAAGAAGGUAUUUCAGUUCCCCAGUCUCCAUACAACUACUAAUGUCAGUUGGUGCUAUUUAAAUUACACAAAGCCAAAUCACAUCCAGCAAGUUGACCGAAGGUCCUCGGUGUAUGCCGGCUGGUGCGUUAGUUUGUAUAAUCCCAACCUCCCCGGUGUGUCCACCAAAGCAGCCCUUUCGCUCCUGCGCUCCAAGCAAAAGGUGAGCAAAGAAACCUACACCAUGUCUGCUGCUCCACGUCCAGAGGCAGGGAGGCUUGUGCCCUCAAGCGCCGGGAACCCCAAAAUGUCGGAGGUUCACCUGCCUUCACUCCUCCCCAACGAAGGUCGAAAGGACGAAAUGAGAACUGAAAAGGAAGAGGAGAAAAGAGGAAAACCAGAAGACGACAUUCCCAUAUCCAAACGAGGGGAGCCAGCCCGGAUCAAGAUCUUUGAAGGAGGGUACAAAUCAAACGAAGAGUAUGUGUAUGUGCGAGGCCGUGGACGAGGGAAGUAUGUAUGUGAGGAGUGUGGAAUUCGCUGCAAGAAGCCCAGCAUGCUGAAGAAACACAUUCGCACGCACACAGACGUCAGGCCAUAUGUCUGCAAGUACUGUAACUUUGCUUUUAAAACCAAAGGGAAUCUGACUAAACAUAUGAAGUCAAAAGCCCACAGCAAAAAAUGUCAGGAGAUGGGUGUGUUGGUGUCUUCGCUGGUGGAGCAAGAAGCAGAUGAAGGAACCAGUGAAGAUCUCUUCCAAGAUUCAGAAGGGCAGGAGGGAUCUGAGCCACUUGAAGAACACCAGUUUUCAGACUUGGGAGAGUCUGACGAUGACAAUGACGACGAGGAAGAGGAGGAGGAAGAGGAAGAGGAGGAGGAAAGCCAAGAGGAGCCACCAGUGAAGCUUUCAGAAAUGAAGAACAUCCCCCUCCCAGGACAUUCUCCAAGAGGUUCUCACUCCGCCCAGGAGAAAGGCACCAGGACAGCAUUGUCCAUCUUGGAAGAUGUUGUCUCCACUAGCAAGCGUGCUGUUCGGCGUCACCAGACCACCUCCUCGGGGCCAGAAACGAAAUGGUCGGCUGACAGCACUGAAGUUGCCGUCUGCCACAGCUUCUUGAGACUCCACCGGCCGGUUUUGACCUCCAGUGGACCCGUGGCUUCUUCUGCUGAGAAGGAUCCCGUUACAAGGCCACAGAUGCUCUUAGCGAUGGACUUGUCAAUCUCCAAAGACACCUCUCUGAGGAGGAAGGGGUCUCCAAGCAAGGACUCUGGCUUUGGCAGUGGUGGCAACAACAACCGUUCCAUGUUGGCUAGGAAGCACCUGUUAUCCAAAAACGAAAUGUCUCCGAAAAGGUUUUCGACAGCUGGAGAAACACCUUCUCUGAGGAGCUUCUCUCCAGCGAGGGGGAGGUCCUCUGGUCACCGAAUGUCUCCGAGGAGAGAGGCGUUUCCCCUCCGCAGUCUGUCGCCGAGACUCGAGCUCUCGCCCAGCAGGUACAUAUCUCCGAAAAGAGAGCUGUCGUCGCGAAUGUACCUCCCGCCAGAGAGAGGCGUGUCUCCUGUGAGACAUUUGUCUCCAAGCAGGGAUGUCUCCACAGCCAGAUACUUAUCCCUGAAGAAGAUGUUGUCCCAGAGCUAUUCAGAGCCACCUUCGAGGUACCCGUCCCCAGGAAGAGAGGACUUGCCUUCUCAUGGCCAGUCGGCAGCAGAUGAAAAAGUUCAAAGCCUGGGUAAAACUCUGCAUGGGAUCUCGUCUUCAGUGCCUCUACCUCACAGGUCCCUCGGCAAGAAUACAGAACUGUAUGAAGGACCUAAACUGAAGACAGAAUCCAGGAGCCCAGCGAGUUCACCGGGCGUCACUCAGCAUCACUGCGUCAGGCCUUUGCAAUCGCCCCACGACACGCACGCCCAUGCCCCAAGCCGGGUGGAAGACUACAUCUUUAGCCACCUCCCAUUGCACUCCCAGCAGCUACCCCGGAGCCCCUUCCCCAUGAUCCCAAUUGGGGGCAUUCAAAUGGUCCAGGCAAGGCCCAGCAGCCAUCCCGGCUUGGGGCACGGAUCAGUGAUGUCGCUGCACGCCAGCUACUUCGCCCCCAGCGGUGACACCUCUGAAUCCAGCCAAGCGAAAGAUCCCGGCAAGGUGGCCCAAGGCAUCCGAGAAGCUCGCUCCUCAUCCACAACACCACCGCUUCAUAGCAGCAGCUGCUUGGAAGGGACAAUAAGGACUAGCGAGCAGGAACACAGGGUGAAAGACAGCGCCGAACCCGGCGGCCCAGAGUGGGGAAGCCGUACGCCCAGCCGAGAUGGUUCCUGUCCGGAGGAUGAGCCUUCAGCCAGCAGGGAAGGCGUCCGGUGGGAGAAGGGGAAGAAACCACGUAGCAGCUCAAACGCCUCCUUGGAACCCCCCUGCACUUUGAUCUCGGACUUCCCCACCCAGACACUGGACAGGAGCAGCAGCGCUGGCUGCCUGCUGGAGCCCUUGUCCUCGAGCCACUCCUCCUCCCAGCCUCCCACCAGGAGAAGGAACCUCUCUGGGGAGCCAGCUCCCCCCACCACAGGGGUACAGAGGAGGAGGAGCCCUCCCUUGGAGCAAGUCAGCUUCAGCCUACUGCAAAGGCAAGUGGAUCACAAUACAGGAAGUGCUUGAGCCCUCCCUCCCAGCUUUUGACCCCGGCUUCCCCGUAAGAUCAACAAACCUUUGUCAGUGCGAUUGGUUUUCGAAUAGUCAUUGCUAAAGGAAAAGAAACGAAAAGACCCAAUGCUCUAGCAUACGACCAAACCCACGGAGACUGUUGCUGGUUCUCUCUCUCUCUCUCUCUGUUUCAGUCUGCUAUUAUUUCCAUCGUAAUUGUGUGCCUUUUUCUAGACUUUCUUUCAUUUGCGUGUGCGUGCGUGCGUGUGUUUUGGUUGUUGCUUGAAAUGCACCGACAAAUUGAAGCUAUGAAUUUAUUGUUAUUGUUUUCACUGCUUUCUUUUAUCGGAAAGGGGCUUAUUCUUAGACCGUGUCUCCAUUCCCCACGAUGAGGUCUUGUCUCAACCACAUGCAGACAUGUGGAAAGAGUUGAGAAGAAUUUCCAAUGGAUGCACUGAAAAGCAUCAAACCACCACCUCUCUCAUGUACAGACAGGUACAACCUGCCCCCACCCCACAACGACCGUACCCCUUAUUUAUUACUUGCUUUAUUUAAUAUGUGGCAAAGUAUUUUAUAAUUAUUCCUUUUAUUAUUUGCAUUACUGUGGUUGCCUCUAAAUGUGCUUUAAAGACAGAUGUGACUGCUUUAAUCUGGAAGAAGAAGAAGAAGAAGAAGAAGAAGAAGAAGAAGAAGAAGAAGAAGAAGAAGAAGAAGAAGAAGAAGAGAGGAAUGUUUACCCUCCGAUUGUAACUGAAACUAGCACUUGUUUUCUAUGGGGAGGCCCUGAUGGUGAUAAAAGGUAAUCUCUCCAAAACAAAGAAAGAAUCUCAGAAUGUGCCUCCCCCCCCCUACAAAUUACCCCCCAAGCACUUUUUUUUUAAAGGGACACGCACAUAAGCAAAAGGUCCCUCUACCCUGCCCCACAAAGGGAAAUAAAAAAGAGAAAUUGCAAGAAAAUAGGAAUAUAUUGAAUGUAAAAAUAAAAAAUAAUGUUCUGGGAAUGGUAGAUCUUUGCUUUCUGACCACCAUUCUUGCUUUAAUACUGACAUUCCGUGACCUGGCUGCUGCUUUGACUGAUACGCACAAUCUCUAAGGGGUGCCUUUUGCCAGCCGCUAGAUGGUAGGGGCUUGGCUGUCAUCCCUGUGGAUCCUGCCCUUUGGAAAUCUGCUCUCUAGUUGGAGAUCUUUUGUUUUUGCUUUUAAGGGGAGAAAACACCUUCUCUUAUCACACAUUUGGAAAUUGUAAGAGAAAAAUUGAAAUAAGUUGCUUACUGAUCUGGACUACAACUCCCAUCAGCCCCAGCCAGCAUGGCUAAUGGUCAGGAGUGAUGGGAGUUGGAGUCCAGCAACAUUUGGAGUGCCACAGAUUUCCCACCCAGCGCAGAAAUCAAGGCUGAGUUCAUUCUUGCCUCAAUAUCACCCUGAACCAUAUCUGCGUUCCUAGUUCUGCUACUGGUCCUAGAUGUAUCCUAUGUUUAUCAGAUCAGCCACAUGUUCAACUGCGUAGAGUCCACAAAGAAGUACCGUAAUUAAGGGCUUUUUUUUUCAUACUGUUAUCUCCCCCCCCCCCACUUAAUGGAAUAACUACAAACGUUAGUCUACAUUAUGCAGUAGAUCUUUUAGGCUAUACAUUCCUAUAUGAAAAGGUCCCAGUGAAUUCCCAUUGAGCUGUUUGCAUUUCAGAUCAAUAGGUUGCAAUGGAUGAUGUUUUAGCAAAGGGGCAGAAGAAUGCAAUGUCUCCAAUGGCUAACCAACCUGGUGUCACCUAUAGAAAGAUCAGGGCCAGAGCCACACAGGUCUUUUAAUAUAUACACACUGCAUUUAAUAGCAGACGUUUACUCUAAUUGAGAGCAAGCUUGCUAAUUUGGCGAGUGUCUUGCUCUGGAUCGAGUCUGUACACACAGUUUUUGAAACUAACUAGGCAAAAUGAAUCAGUUCCACAAAUAUUUAACCAAUGGACCAGUCCUUUCUGAGAUGUUCCCAUUUAUUAUGUGCAUGCUCCACACAACAAUGUCCUGAACAAUAUUUUUAUUUUAAGCAGGCAUGGAAAGCCAUGAACUGUUGCCAAGGCGUAGCUGAAUAACGUGGAAUGGAUGGGGCUUUGAGUUGAAUAAUCUUCUGCGAUGUAUCAUUUCAUUUUUUGUGUUGUACUGAAUAGUUUUGGUGGAGCUCUUUUGAUUUUCUUUGGUCGAAAUGAUGUUGUGACUGAAAUGAUGUGAAGGUGACCAAACUGACGCUGGACUUUCCCUGGAAAACUCCAUUCACAGCGGACAGUGUUCUGUUUUGUUUCCCCCUUGGUUUACUUCUGCUUCCAAUACCUCUUUCAGUGCUAAGGUCCGGAAAGAUCUUGCUUAUAGAGUCUGCACUAGCAUCCGGUACCUAACCCGAGACUUUAUUGAAGGUCCAAUACAAUCCCCUUUGUCAACAGAUCAUGGGGAUGAACAUCAGUCACCGAGUUAAAGUCUGGCUCCAAUGGAAAUUGGUAUCAUGGUCAUGAUACCUUCAAAAGAUUCAGAAUGGCACCCGUCAACUUAAUGGAAUGAGCAAAGCCUGGACCAGAACAUCGGUGGUCAUUGUUGAAAAGCCGCACCUUGUCUCUGCCAUGACUUUGAAUUCCAGGUGGUUGAUUUCCCCCUCAUCCCCUCCUUCCUUCCCCUCCUUUAACCAGCUAGUCAUGCAGCUCUUUUAGGACCAAAUGGUUUUCGGUAUUGAGCCUUCACUGGGCAUUUGCUCUUCAAUUAUCCAUUCACGCUCUGGUUUUGUUUUGAGGCUAGAUCAAAUGCAACCUGGUGCUCAGUUUUCAGCCUUUGGAUUGAACUCUGCUUUGGGUGCAUUGGACAGGAUCUGUUCCGAUGACAUCUGCAAACAACCCGGAGCUAAUAACAAUAAUAACCUUCUGGGUAUGUUUACCUAUUGCUCUCGAACCUUUCUUAAUCCUCUGUGAGGCAAGCACUGCAAAUGUAAAUAGUGUCAUCUAGGGGGGUAUUUGCAUCUGGGGUAGAAAGGACAGGACAGGACCUCAAUGCUGUUUGAAUAGGCUGGCAGACAAGACACCAUGCAAAGCUCUGUAGCUUUGGAUGGCAACAUCCACUGCAGAGGACUCUACUUGAACUCUUCCUUUCACUUUCUGGUUGGGAUCUGCAAAGUGCCUAGAUCCUGAGUAUUUAUGCCAGUGUAUCUGCCUGCAGCAACCUUUUGCCCUUUCUGUAACACCACUCUCUCCAGUGGUGUUGCUGGACGUAGAAGAAACCAUGCCACAAUGGGUGGCAGUUGCGAAUGCAGAAAUUGACCUCUCUUUUUUUUUGCCAGGGUAGCUUUUGCAUUUCCAUAUAAAUUGAAGCCACAGUUGGCAGAGGUCUCACACUGCAAAGAAGCUUUGUGAUGCAAGCAAACCAAUGGAUGCAACAAUCUCCUUCCAUCCAUCGCAAGUCUCCUGAAUGUCUCUGGGGCAUUUCCUGGUGGCCUAUCUAAUUGCACUGGCUGGCCAGGUGGAGCUGGCUCUCCUUAGGGCACGAUGCUAAACAAACUAAGGGCUCAAACUGCAAGGUGCUGAGCACUCCAGGCAGACCUAGCAAAGCCUUAAGAAUGUGCUUCGCCUCGAGCACUUAACUUGCCCCACUGAAGGUAAAGUUCUGAGCCCAUCACAAAGUCGCUGCGUGGUUCCCCCGGUGUGGUGCUAUAACAGAAGCCUGCAGAGAUGGCCAUGUGUCAAAUCUGUCGCUAGACCUGACAUUUCCUGCCAUUCAUUAUUUUGCUGUUGUUGAAAGGUUUUUUCAGAGAUCAGAUUUUAAUCUCUCUCCCCUGCCCCUCACCCUUGCAAACCACCCUUCCCAAAGCUGCAAUCCUAUAUGCACUUUCUUGGGAGUAAAUCUCACCCAGCAUAGUGAUAUUUACUUCAGAGUAAGCGUGUGAAUUAUUGGGCUGCACUUUCCAUAGGUUACUUCUGCAAUUGCUUUCUAUUUUGAUCUAGCUUUGCAUAGUUUGAAAAACAAGAAAGAAAAGAAAAGAAAAACCCUUGUAAAACUAUUUUGACUAUUAUUAAUAUUUUUGCAAAUUCUGGGUACUGUUAUUCCUUGGCUAAGUCAGACCUUCUUAGUUAUUAUUAUUACUGGCUGAGACAAGACCUCUGUAUUUUGGUUACUUGAGCAUCUCUCCUAUUUUUAUCCCUUUUCAGCCAAAGAGACAAAGAAAAUUAUUUUGAAAUGUUGAUGGCAUCCGUGAGAGUUGAUUGCUUUUUAAUUUUGGAGCACUUUAUUCCUAGAUUUAUAAUCUGUGAAGGACUUUUCCUCUAUAUUUAAGCACCUUCCUGGUUUCCCAGUGUUCUGAGAAUCAGUAAUUAAUUACUUCUUUUACUAUGUAACCCUAUGCAGGUUUACUCAGAAGUAAAUUCCAUGGUGUUCAUUGGGACUUACUCCCAGGUAAGCGUGCAUAGGAUUAGUAGCAGAAAGCCAUUUGGAGUGUCAGUUUCAGGCCAGAGUUCAAAACAGUUGGUCACCUACCUAGCAAUCUGGGUUAAACUGAAAUUGACUUCAGAAAGUGGGCCAACUUGGGUAUAAUAUCACACUAUGGUUUGCUCUAACUGCAACUUAAAGUGCAAUACCAUACACAGUUGCUCUGAGACUUAGUCCAGAUGUAGAGGAAAACCAUGGUUUGUGGGAUUGCCAUCUUUCCUUCACUUUCCCUGAGAAUUCAUAGCCAUUACCCCCCC